AUGACUGGUUCAUUAUACCAUCGUCAAAUUAGUUUGGCAGAAGAUUAUUCAAAUAAAAAUAAAAUGCCACAACCAAAAUUUCGUCGUUGUUUAUCAGUUGAAAAUAAAAAUUUAUUUGCAUUGAUAUCUGAUAAUCAUCAAAAUAAAACAGAAUCAUUUUUUCGACGUGAUCAAACAGCCAGUGAUAAUGAUUCAGGUAUUGAAGAUGGUGAUCAACAAAUUGUAAAUUCUACUUGUUUACAAUCAAAUAAUACAGGCGAAAAAGAAUCAUCAACACAUUUGAGUGCUUAUGAAGAUGGAUAUUUGGAAAAUGAUUCAAACAAAUUUAUUAAUAAAACUUCCAACUACUGUGAACAAUCUGUAAAAGGUUUUCAUGGUGAUAUGAUUCUUGCUUCAAAAGUACCAGAUGACCAAAAGAAGCUGUUUUGCUCAAGCACUUGCGAAAUAUUCCAUGGUGAUUUUACUCUUCGUGUAUUAUAUCCACUUUUCAUAAGAAAGAUUGAUACUAAUUAUUGCCUUCUUCCUGAAAAUGAAAUCUAUGGUGACCCAUGUAGAUGGCCCAAUUUUGCUUUUGUGAAACUUGAUAAUGCAAAAGCGCAAUUCAAAUGUCCAAAUAGUCAUUGCGGUCGUUCAUGGACAUCAAUGCGUGCUCGAAUUUCAUUUAAAAUUAGUUAUCCACAACAAAAUGGCUUUGUCGUAAUGAAGAUUUACGGGCAAGUUUGUCAAGUAUGUGAAACAAUUGCUGAAGCACGUUGGUAUUCAGAGGAAGUUUGUCGAGUGAUGAAAAAUUUGGCUGAAUCACUGUUCAUGAAGUUUUUUCCCACAUUGAUUAAUCAGAAUAGUUCGCAAAAUGCAAACACAAUUCGAAAUGACAAUCAAAUUUAUCAACGUUCACGUCAUGAUGCAAAUCAACGAAUGGGAAAAAUGAAUUCACAACAUGAUAGAAUUCACUGUGAAGCCUGUUUACGCGGCUUUUGCUUUCGUUAA